GUGUUGAGGCUGCGGGGAGCGGAAUAGGCGGCGGACAGCGGGCGGGUCAGCGCGCAGCUGCGGUUCGGGAAUUUUGUGGUGGUGGUCGUGCAGUAAUAUGGAGAGUAUGAAUCACCCUGAAUUAGCUGUUUCAGCAUUGCCAUGGGUGCCAGUGACUGUGGGGGAUAUGAAACUGCUGGCCAAAGCUUUUUUUGGUGAUACUGAGUAUCGACUGCUUUUGAGUGACUUGUCCAAUAUGUGGGAGGAAGAGAUGAGCAAGGACAGCAUCCAGAGUCGAGCACAGGAUCUAAAUAAGCGUCUGAAGGCUCCAGUAGAGGCGUUCUUUGCUCACCUGCGCUCAGUGGCCGCACCGUGUCUCUCUGGACAGUCACAUGACCAGAGCACAACAGCACACUUCCACCUCGAACAUUAUGGCAGCCACCUAACUCUCAAACUGAAAAGUGAGCUAGCAGGAGUCCCAUUCUACUGGGAGUUCCGCUGCACCCCUGCUCCUGUAGCUGUGGUGUCCAGGCAGAUGAUGCGCCCUCUGUUGGCUGUGACUCGUGUACUGCAGAAGCAGGUUGAGGAGCUGUCUGCUCUGCUUGUGAGGAAAGAUGCUGAGAUACAAGAUUAUAAGGAGAAUGGAGCCGUGCUCAGUAGAGGCAGACUUCAGACCGAGCCUUUUGAUGAGGAAACAUAUCGAGAAAACUUUAUCACCCAGACUCUUCCUCAGAUGGGUGCGCUUCAGGACUGCCUGGAAUUUGACUCUGAGUUGCAAGAGCUGUAUGUGGCUGUGAACAGUGUAAGAAGCAACCAGAAGCGUAAGCGCUCUGUCUCUCCUUCAGCAGACAACUUCAGCUUUGUUCCUGAACAGAUCUCACCUAACCACGACCAAGGCAGUGCGCCUGCAGGUCUGAGGCCUCCUGUUUCUUCUGGGUCUAAACAAAAAAAUGACCAGCAGUCGCUAGAAAAAACUCAGGAAGCUGACAGUGAACAGACUGUGCCACUCUUACCUGCUGCUGCACCUGUAGACCGCUCGAGUGUUCGCCCCAAGAAAAAGAAAGCAGUGGGACUCUUCCGAUGAUUCUGUCACAAAACUCUUAAGGAACGAUCACAUAGUUUUUAAGAAAUUUGGAAUCACUGACUUUUUAUUGUGUUUUUUAAGUAUUUUUAUGUUGUAAUUAUGACUGCCUAAAGAAUCAUUUUAUAUAAAUAAAACUGUUUUUACUGUAUUAAA